AUGACAGCCUGUGGCUCUGCCUGCACAGGAGAGGGGCUCAGCCUGAGCUCUUCUUCCAAGGGUCUCGGCCAAAGCGGGGUCUGUCCUGUCCAGAGCCCGUGGGGACGUCCUGCCCAGACAAGGCUUGGCCAGGCCAGCAAGGACAGGUGCAGGCAGCCUGAGCCCAGAGGCAGGAGCCACCAGCAAAGGCCAGCAAGGAGGACAGGUGGGCAAGGAAGCAGGGCACGGGAAGACGCAACAGGGACAUACCUGCGGGAGCAAGCUGCAAGCAGCAUGUCCGGAGAACAGGAGGUCUGCACAGUGUCUGAGCAGGCGAGGGAGCCUGAAGUGACACGUUCUGAGGAGCCCUCCAAAGGCACUGAAGCCAAGGCCAAAAAGAGCCGCUCCUCACGGUCCUCCCGGGCUGGGCUGCUCUUCCCUGUGAGCCGUGUAGACAGGCAGCUGCGCAGAGGCCACUUUGCUGAGCGCCUUGGAGCCAGGGCCCCCGUCUAUCUGGCUGCAGUGCUGCAGUGUGUGACACACAAGACCAUGGACGAGGCUGCAAAGAUUUCCAAGGAGAAAAAGCAGCAGCGCAUAUCUCCAUUGCACUUGAAGAUGGCAAUGCAAAGGAGCUUUGUGCUCAAGAAGCUCACGCGAGGCAGCAUGCGCAGGCAGCAUGGCAAGGCUGGCCCCCAAAGCCAGCGCCUGGCCGCACGCUCCGGAAAGAAGACAACCAAGAGUACAAAGAGGUGCCCCAGGCAAAGGGCUGCACCUGCCACUGCCACCGCUGUUGUCAACUAAGGAGAAAGCAGAAGCUCUUGCCGCACACCAACCAGGCAAGGCAAGGGCUAUCUUGUUUGAAAUGCUCUUGGCAAAUCCAUCUCUAUGGUCUAAGUGUGUAAUAAAAGCUUUUGCAAGGCCA